AUGCCCGAGAUGCAACGCAGCAUCCUUGCUGCAAGAGCGGCAAAGAGCGUCAAUGGACACGCCGAGACACACGGUGUCAACGGGGACACAGAGGCCAAAGGCACCAACGGGCAUAUUCGGACCAACGGCAACUCCACCGGUGCAGUGACGCUCGAACUGGACGCCGCCAUAGUCGGGGGCGGGUUCGCAGGCGUGUACUUGAUGCAUCGACUGCGACAGGAAGGGUUUGAUGUGAAGCUUGUCGAAGCCGGGUCGGGCUUGGGGGGGAUCUGGCAUUGGAACAAUUACCCCGGCGCACGGGUCGACAGUAAAUACCCCGUCUAUGCCCUUGAUAUCCCGGAGAUCUACGAGACGUGGGAGUGGAGUGAGCAGUAUCCUAGUGCACCGGAGUUGCAGCGAUAUUUUCACCACGUCGACAAGAUUCUGGAUAUUAGCAAAGACACACUAUACAACACGCGGGUUCACACGGCACGGUGGGAUGACGAGACGCAUAAAUGGCAAGUCUCUUGUGAUAAUGGAACGGAGAUCACCGCGCGCUUUCUGCAUGGCUGUCUCGGAUUUGCCAGCAAACGCCAUUUCCCCGACUGGCCCGGGCUCGACACUUUCGGCGGACGUAUGUGCCAUUCUUCAUUCUGGCCGGCUGAAGGGAUCAAUGUGCGUGGGAAGAAGGUGGGAGUGAUCGGAACCGGAGCGACUGGGGUUCAAAUCGCGCAGACCACGGCGCGCGAUGCUGAGCAACUGACCGUAUUUGUCCGCACGCCCAACACCUGCAUGCCAAUGAGACAGCAAGCGCUGACGCGCGAGACGAUCGAUAACGACAGGGCAGGGCUCAAGCAGUUACUGGGAACGGAUCGCUAUAGAAAUUCUAGCGGAUUCUUGUAUCCCGACUCUGAGAAGAAUUUGGUCGACGAUUCCCCGGAGGAGAUCGAGCGUACACUUCAAAACGCGUGGCAAGUUGGCGGCUUUGCCAUCCUUUUUGUCUACAAGGACCUGCUCCUCAACCCGGAGGCGAAUCGAGUCGUAUACGAUUUCUGGGCGCGCAACACCCGCAAGCGGAUCUCCGAUCCAGUCAAGAGAGAUAUCCUCGCCCCUCUGGAACCACUGCAUCCAUUCGCCGGAAAGCGGGUGAGUCUGGAGCAGGAUUAUUAUGAACAGAUGGACAAGCCCAAUGUGAAACUCGUGGAUUUGAAACAGGUCGAUAUCACCCGAGUCGUGCCGCAAGGCAUCGUCACAUCCGACGGUGUGACGCAUGAGCUGGACAUGAUUGCCAUAGCCACGGGGUUCGACAGUCUGACUGGCAGCUUCACUCAGAUUGACAUCCGCGGCAUCGACAACCAGAGCCUGUCCGAGACCUGGAACACGCAGCGAGGAGCGCUGACUGCCUGGGCGCUACACUUGACUGACGUGUUGUAUGCACAGGGACCACACUCACCUACGUUCUAUAACAACGGGCCAUCGCUCGUGCAGCCUCAAGGUGAAUGGAUUGUUGACAUGAUGACAUCCAUGCGAGCAAAUGGCCAAAUCAAGAUCAACGCGCAGCUUCAGGCGCAAGAGGAUUGGAAGAAGCUCACCAAUGAGCUACAUUCGGUCUCGUUGAGGCACAAAGUCGAUAGUUGGUAUACUGGCGCGAAUAUUCCCGGAAAACCACGUCAGGUGCUGAGCUACGACGGUGGGUUGCCGCGAUACCUUGAGACCAUUCGACGGAAAGCCACAAAUGGAUACAACGGAUUCGACCUCUCAUGA